AUGUUGCUCAUUCAAGAAACAAAAUUGGAAUCGUUGGAGAGAAUAACUGUCCAAAAAAUGUGGGGUAAUGCUGAUUUUGAGUUUGUAUGUUCUAAUGCUAUGGGGACAUCUGGGGGUUUGCUAUGUAUUUGGAAUAGAGAUUUUUUUAAAGUUGAUAGUGUUAUCGUACAUAGGUCGUUUAUUCAGUUGCAAGGGGUGAUUAAUACUAUAUUCCCUUGUGUGGUGGUGAACGUUUAUGCUCUAAAUGAGGUAGUACAUCGUCGACUUGUAUGGGAGGAGUUACUGAACAUUAAGGCUAAUUCUUCUAUUCCUUGGUGUGUGUGGGGAGACUUUAACGAGAUUCAAGCUGUGAAUGAAAGGCUGGGAUGUUUGAGAAUUGUGAGGGACUUCGUUGAUUUCCAGAAUAACAUGGAACUCAUUGAUCUCCCUAUGUUGGGGAGAAAAUUUACUUGGACAAAUUUUCAAGAUCACGCCAUUCAUAGUCGGUUAGAUAGAUUUCUGGUCUCAAUUCAGUGGAUGGAAAAUUUUAAAUUGAUUCAAAGGGGAUUGCCUAGGCCUAUAUAUGAUCACUGCCCCAGAGUGCUUUCUAAGGAUGGUAGGGAUUGGGGUCCAAAACCCUUCAAAUUUAUGGACAUUUGGCUGUCAAAUCCAAGCUGUAUGAAGUUGGCCAAGACAACGUGGAAUGAAUGUCAGGUGACUGGUUGGGCAGACUUCAUAAUCAUGCAAAAAUUGAAGGCGGUGAAAGCUAAGCUCAAAGUAUGGAAUAAAGAAGUGUUUGGGGAUGUCGCCCUAGCAUUACAAAAAAGUGAGGCAGAUCUCCACCAAUUUGAGCUCCUAGAGGAGGAGAAACAGCUGAAUGAGGAUGAUAAGGCUGCAAGGUGCAAAAUCAAAUCUGAGUUCUGGAGACUUUCUUGCUUAACUGAAUCUAUGUGGAGACAGAAGUCUAGAAUCAAGUGGUUGAAAUUGGGGGAUAAAAAUACGAAGUUUUUCCAAGUAAUGGCAAAUAAUAGAUUCAGAAGGAAUAUGGUGGGUGCAAUCAAGGCUAAUGGAAGAAUGUUGGACAGUCCAAGAGAGAUUAAAGGGGCGGCUAUGGAAUACUUCAGCAACAAUUUCAAAGAAGAAAGAUUCGGAAGACCAGUGUUGGGGGGAUUGUUUAGCAUAAAACUUACUCCAUUGGAUGCCUCUUCUUUGGAAAACUAG